AGAAACCAUAAUAGCAAGUAUUUUAUUGGUUUUUGGACUUGGCGUUGCCAACACGCGUGGAAUUUUCUGAUGAUAGAGUAUAACAAGAUCCUGUUUUCUUUGCUUUUUAUCAUUUCCGUUACAUAGUGAGAUGUAAAAGAAGCCUGUGUUUGGUAAAGAAUUUCAAGUCCCACCUAUUCCUAAACGUACAGACAAAAAGGAUCGGACCCAGUCAGAAAGAGGUGGCCACAUCAAGGUAAAUGAUGUCAAUAAACAAUGAAGGCAUGGACUCAUAUGAACAUUCAGACAAUUGAGUUGUGAGCUUUUCACUCUCAUGAACAUGGUGUGCAUCAUCGUGACGUUUCUCGGGUAAAUCCACAGGCUGAAAUUGUUCAUAUAUACAAUCUGGAAGCCAAACUGUGUGGAGCUAACUGAAGCCACAAAUAAUGGAUCCGAAAAUGGAUGCUAUUUUCAGAGCCAUACCACUGAAUUGUUUUCCCUUGUUUGAAAAAAUACUGCUGUCUAUCUAUUUGACAUUUACAAUCAUCGCUCCUGGAAUUUCAAAAACAUUCGAUCGUCAAACUUCUUUUACUUGUAAUGACAAGAUGAUUUCAAAAUUCCAAGAAACUUCUCUUAUAAAGAACAUUGAAUCAAGUUGUUUGAGACAAUACCAAAAUGAAACUUGGGAUAAUAUAUAUGUGGUGUCCUUCAAUUUCUUUUUUCUCUUUUUUUGGGGUAUGAUCUAUGGACAGUCUGUGAGCAAUCGACUUAAAAACUUUGAUAAGUUCUUGUCAGAAAGAAGCAGUGAAGUCAGAAAGGUUGCAUCUAGUUCUUGGGCAUUCUAUUAUUACAUCAUUUAUUUGACUGUACGCGUGAUCGGGUUGUCUAGAUUUGUUACAGUACUGCUUCCAUCCAUGUUUCCCAUUGAAUAUUCUUGUUCGUGGCGUCCAACAACAAACGAAAACUCUUCGUUCAACAGUAUAAUUCUUCCUCCAUAUAACGAAACUUUCCUUAAUUGUGAAAUUCGCGAUGGUAACAGUGAAUGGUGGAUUAAAUUUGUUGUAGCUGUUGAUGUUUUAUCGAUAAUAAUGACGAUAUGUCAGCUAAUAUACCUAUUAAAUAAGGCCAGUAGUGACAAUUUUUUCACAUCAGAUAAGGAGUUUUUCACGGUAUACAUACUCCAAAAACGUGCAGAAUUUCGAAAAUGGAUAAAAGAAAUAAAAAAUAAACUUCACUUGAACAAACUAUUUAAUAUCCACGAUAACGUAGGCAAUGCACAAAUGUCUGUCCAAAAUCUUAAAGAUAUUUAUGUCAACGUCAUAAUGCAAGCAGAAAGACAAUUAAGUAAAGCUUACCCAGAAACGCAUGAAAGACACGAGAUCCUUCAUUGUCAUUUCAAACCUAAUGAAAGUGCGAAAAAACUCACAAGAGCAACUGACAUUUUUAAGUCAAUUCCAAAUAGCAAGUCGUAUCCUAGCUCCAUUUUAGUCAUUGGAAGGCCAGGAAUUGGUAAAACUAUGUUGACGAAAAAACUUAUUCAUGAAUGGAAGACAAAUGAAGACGACUUUUGGCGCGAUAAGCUGGUCAUUUUAUUGCAAUGUCGUGCGAUUAAAGAGAAGUACAUUACUUUUGAAAAAAUGUUAAAGAGUUGCGUUGGAUUUUCAUUUGAACUGUUUUCAGAUAUUUACGAAUUUAUAAUGUUAAAUCCUGAAAGAACUGUUCUUGUCGUCGACGGUCUUGAUGAAUUGCCUUUAGAUAAUGGAGAUCUUCGAACUGACGACUCAGGGUCCCCUAAUGAAAAAAGGCACGUCAUUACACACUUAAGUAUGCUACUUGAAGGUAAACUAUUGCCUGAUGUUACUGUUCUUAUUACAUCACGACCCACAGCUGAACAUAAAUUUCGAGAUAUGGAAUUCGCGAGGACAGUUGAAAUCUUGGGCUUUUUUGAGGAUGAGAUAAAAGAAUUCGUGGAAAAGUUUUGUCAUGAAGAUAGGAAUAUUGCUGACCGUAUUCUAAAUAAGAUUGAAAUUUCUCUUGAACUUCGCAGCUUUUGUUACAUCCCUAUUAACACUAAAAUUGUUUGUAUGACCUUAAAGGAAUGUUUUGCAGAUGAUGAAAACUAUAGUCCAAAGACUAUCACUGAAUUGUACGAUAGAGCAAUUAAAGUAUUACUAUGGCAAAGCCAUCCCCUUCUCAGGGACAAGACUACAGAAAAGGAUUACUUGAGUAUUCCUUUACCAUCCAAGCUUGACAAAGAUCUACAAGAAAUAAAAUAUGUUGCCAUGGAAGGGCUUAAAGACGGACGCCUGAUUUUUGAAAGAAAAAGUAACAGUAACUUUAAAAAUCUGGAAAACUGUGGCAUUUUCAAUAAGAUUUAUGAUGAUGAACACCAUCUUUACUGUUUUCUUCAUUUGACUCUUCAAGAGUUUUUUGCAGCGUGGUAUAUUGUUGACAAUUGGCAAAACAUUGGAAAGUUUUUGGAUGAUCAUGUUGAAGAUCCUAAAUGGCAUUUGGUAGUCGAAUUUGCUGCUGGUUUGGUUGGAAAUGAAAAGAAAGAGAAGAGAAAAGAUAUCAGCGUUAUUCUAGAGAGGUUAGAAAGUUGGAUGUCACAUUUAUUUUUCUCAGAGGGUAAUAAAGCACUUGGUUUUCUUGGAAUGAAGUGCUUAUACGAAUUACAAGACGACGAUGAGAUGAGAUCAAUUUGCGAGUCAAAUAAUUUUUCUGAAACAAUAUCCGUUGAUAAAGUUUCUUUCACGCCUCUUGACUCAAACGUCUUCUUUGAAUUUCUCUCUAUAUACUUACAAUUAAGAAAACUCGCGUUUUUUUCAUGCCAAUUUCCUGAUAAUCAUAGCGUCGUUAGAUUGUCAAAAUAUUUGACAAAUGCAACAGCAUGCAAUGUAUUUUCUUUAAAAAUCAACUCCUGUUCUGUUAAAAAUAUAUCAAAGCAUCUUAGUAAAGCUUUAAAAAGUGAAAAUUGUAAACUUAGUGAAUUGGAAAUUAGAAAAAACAAUAUAGGUGAAGAAGGUGCUAAAUAUCUUAGUAAAGCUUUAAAAAGUAAGAAUUCUAAACUUACUAAUUUGAUUAUUAAUAGCAACAACAUGGGAGAUAAAUGUGCAAAAUAUUUUAGCGAAGCUUUGACAAGUGAGAAUUGUAAACUUACUGAAUUGUCUCUUAGUCGUAACAAAAUAGCAGCUGGAGGUGCAAAGUAUCUUAGUGAAGCUUUAAAAAGUGAGACUUGUAAACUUACUAAAUUGUCUCUUUCUCAUAACAAUAUAGGUGAUGGAGGUGCAAAAUCUCUUAGUAAAGCUUUGAAAAGUGAGAAUUGUAAGCUUACUGAAUUGGAUCUUUCUCAUAACAAGAUAGGUGAUGGAGGUGCAAAAUCUCUUAGUAAAGCUUUGAAAAGUGAGAAUUGUAAGCUUACUGAAUUGUCUCUUUCUCAUAACAAGAUAGGUGAUAAAGGUGCAAAAUCUCUUAGUGAAGCUUUGAAAAGUGAGAAUUGUAAACUUACUGAAUUGUCUCUUUAUAUUAACAAGAUAGGUGAUGAAGGUGCAAAAUCUCUUAGUAAAGCUUUGAAAAGUGAGAACUGUAAACUUACUGAAUUGGAUCUUUCUCAAAAAAACAUAGGUGAUGGAGUUGCAAAAUCUCUUAGUGAAGCUUUGAAAAGUAAGAAUUGUAAGCUUACUGAAUUAGAUCUUUCUUAUCACACGAUAGGUGAUAAAGGUGCAAAAUAUCUUAAUGAAGCUUUGAAAAGUGAGAAUUGUAAACUUACUAAAUUGUCUCUUUCUCAAAACAAGAUUGGUGAUGGAGGUGCAAAAUCUCUUAGUGAAGCUUUGAAAAGUGAGAAUUGUAAAAUUAUUGAAGUGUCUCUUUCUCAUAACAAGAUAGGUGAUGAAGGUUCUCUUGAUAGUAACAAGAUAGGUGAUGAAGGUGCAAAAUCUCUUAGUGAAGCUGAAGCUUUGAAAAGUGAGAAUUGUAAACUUACUGAAUUGUCUCUUUCUCAUAACAAGAUAGGUGAUGGAGGUGCAAAAUCUCUUAGUGAAGCUUUGAAAAGUGAGAAUUGUAAACUUACUGAAUUGUCUCUUUCUAAUAACAAGAUAGGUGAUGAAGGUGCAAAAUCUCUUAGUGAAGCUUUGAAAAGUGAGAAUUGUAAACUUACUGAAUUGUCUCUUGAUAGUAACAAGAUAGAUGAUGAAGGUGCAAAAUCUCUUAGUGAAGCU